AUGCUUUCUCUUGUGCGCAGGCGACCCCUUCAGCUGGCGGUAUGCCUGGCAAGGAAUAGCACUUCCCGCUGCAUCCAGUCUAAUUCGCGUGCACGGAAACCCCCCAAGAUCGAGGUUCUGACGUUGGAACAACUCGACUAUGACGAAAAUGGAAAGAAAAUUGAGGUCCCCAGAUCAAUGCAAAUGAUCCCCCUUGACCCGGGAGAAUCCUUACCUAUUUUACCUGAAGAGUUCCCACCACUUGCAGGAAAUGCACCAAGAAAUCUAUUGGAACAAAUCCGUAGAGCAAUUGACUCUCAUCCAGGAUCUGUCGUUCUGACACAAGUUGGAAGUUUUUAUGAGCUUUAUUUUGAACAAGCAGAAGAAUUUGGGCCUAAAAUGGGUCUUCGUAUUGCCAAAAAGAAAGUGGGCUCUCGUUCAAACCCUUAUACAUACCCCAUGUCUGGAUUCCCUUUAUACCAACUAGGUAAGUACCUCCGUGUGCUUGUCCAAGAACUCCAGAUCCCAGUCGCAAUUUAUGACCAGUGUGAUAAGAGUCUCCCAGAAGAUAUGCUUGUCACCCGCUCCGGUCCUAAAUUUAAUCGUGAACUCACACGGUUUGUUACCCCUGGGACCCUUCUCGAUGAGUCGUUUAUGGAUUGGCGAUCAAAUAACUACCUACUAUCCGUUGUACUCCCAGAACCAUCAAAAGAUGGAACUAUACCAGAUGAUGCAACAAUUGGACUUGCAUGGGUCAACCUUGGCAUUGGAUCAUUUUAUGUCGAGUCAACAACAGCUUCUAACCUGGCAUCUUUACUGGCGCGAAUCCAGCCCAGCGAGGUGCUUGUCGAUAAGUCUAUAUUCCCAGAGGAAGCCCCAGCAGAAACUCUUUCUAAACUUAACCAAGAAUUUUCUGGCAUUGAAAACUUUUACGUGCGUGCAGUUACUUUUAAUCUACGGAACCAGCUGAGUUUUUGCGCUGAGGUCUUCAACAAGGAUCUGGACACCAUGUCUCAAAUUUUGCAUUCUAUGACCCCUCCAGAACGCCAUGCCAUUGUCGUUAUUUUGAAAUACAUUAAGAAAAAUCUCCCCAAAUACCCAUUUAGUUUACAACUCCCGGAGCGCAAGAAAUCCAACUCGAUUAUGAAAAUCGAUAUGCGCUCUAGGCACGCGCUUGAACUGCUUAAGCCAAUCCGCGAUGGCUAUGCCAGAACAGGCACAUUAUUUUCUUCUAUUAAGAAAACCGUUUCAGACUCAGGAACACGGCUACUAACCGAGUGGAUCAAGGAACCGUCACUGGAACUUGACGAAAUUAAUAAACGCCAUGAGGUUGUUGAAGAGCUCUUGAUCAAUAGGCACUUUCUAGACCGAUUACGCGACUAUAUUCAAUCAACAGAAGACCCUGCACGUGUUAUUCAAAAGUUUGGGCUUGGUAAGGGCACGAUACUUGAUCUCUACACGCUUGCACAAGACUUGGAAGUAUUCCAUACAAUUAGAAAGGAAAUAAAAGCAGCCAAACAUCUUCCACGGAGGAAAUCUCAGCUCAAGGAAAUGAUGUCAACUUUUGUUUCAUGCAACGACAUUACCAAGGCUAUUUUAGGAGAUAUUCAUGAAUCAGUUCUCCAAGAAAGCGAAGCACAAGAAUCUUCAGAAGAUUUGGAUGAAGGGUUGGACCCGGAAACCGCACUUAAACGUGCAGCAUCCAUGGAAACCACAUUAACUCCACCAAAGUCUCGAACAGCCAAUGAUGUUGACGACUGGGUCAUCAAACAAACUGCUUCCAGGAAACUCAAGAAAUUGCACAAGGAACUAGAACAGGCAAAAACCAAGGUUGGUGUGCUAGAAAUGUACUUUAAAGAGCGGUACCAGGACCGUGGGCUGACGCCUAUUCUUAAAUGGAACACAACCAUUGGGUAUCAUGUUAGUUUACAGGGGAAAAUAACUGAGGUCAGCAUACAUCCGGACGAUUUGGUCCAUGUUCAUACGCGCAACAAAACCUCGGCUACAAUGCAUAGUGCCGAGUGGUUAGAGCUGGGGACUAAGACAGAUGAGAUUCGCAUGGAGAUUCGACAGGAAGAAAGGGCGAUUAUGAAUGCGCUUAAAAAGAAGGUUUUGGAGAAAAAACGCGAUUUGAUUGCAAACUGCUACUUGAUUGACAGGUUAGAUGUGCUUUCUGGGUUUGCCAUUUUGGCUGCAGACCGUCAAUUGGUUCGACCCAAGAUGAAUGAAGGGACCGUCACCAAUAUUGACCAGGGCAGACACCUUUUUGUCGAACAAGGUCUGUUAAAUAAAAAUAAGUCUUUUACACCUAACGGAUGCACUCUUGGAGCGCCUCAAUUCCCCAGUACUUGGCUCAUCACUGGGCCCAACAUGGGUGGGAAAAGUACAUUUCUCCGCCAAGUGGCAUUAAUUUCUGUACUUGCUCAACUUGGUAGCUUUGUUCCAGCUGCACAUGCGGAACUUGGGAUUGUAGACCAAAUAUUUUGUCGGGUCGGAGCUGGAGAUAGUUUGUUUAAUGGUGAAAGUACAUUUAUGGUUGAGAUGAAAGAGACCAUCAACAUUUUGAGUAACGCAACCCCACGAUCACUUGCAGUGUUGGAUGAGGUUGGUCGUGGAACUAGUAGUCGUGACGGUGUAUCAAUUGCAUUUGCUACACUUGUUCAUCUUUCAAAGAUUAACCGAUGUCGUACAUUAUUUGCGACCCAUUUUGGUCCCGAACUUUAUGCGUUACUUUCGCAAAGGAAGAAGAAGGGGGAGGAGGAGGAGGAGGAGGGUUCUGGAGGAAUGGUGAUGUUACAAGAAAAUGAUAUUGGGUACUAUUGUACACAGAUUUUAAUUCCGGAUUUACCGCAACUUGAAAAUGCAACAGAACAACAGGAAAACGACAGAUUUUAUAAUGAAGGUGUUGUUUUUAAUCAUUCCUUAAUCAAGGGAGUUUGUGACGAUUCACAUGGACUUCGAAUCGCUGUUUUAGCAAAAAUCCCACGCAAAGCAUUUGAUUACGCGCGCUAUGCUUUAAACAAACUUCCUAAAGAAACCAUUAAGAUAGAUAUACGUGAUGAUGAAUAG